AUCGCCUGGUCGCAACUGACGUCCCCUGUGGUGGUUGACUGAGCGGAGGUGGUACUUAAGAAGGCCGACACACACAGAGAUACCCUCCUGUCCUAUUAAAAAAAGAAGGAAAAGAAGGAAAAAGAAGAGUGAUCCGUGUUUUAUAUUGAAUCUAAUAAAGGCCCGCCGAAUUCAAUAGUCGUCUAUCUGGCUGCGCUAGAAGUUGGCGCACUCCUUUUUCAGCUCGUCCACUUGCACACCGUACCAUGUCGACCUGGCCCCAUUUCUCGAUCCUAACGUAAAGACUCGAAGGGAGAAUUCAAGAUUCGAGAACACCCAGCUGAAACGAAAAUCCCAAUUUCUUCAUCGACAACUAGCCAACCCGGCAACCAUCAGCCCAUCGCCAAGGACCUCCGAAAGAAGAAAUGAACGAAGCAGCAGAAGAAGAGCUCAAGAACUUCGUCCAGGUAUGGAUCGCCGCCCUCGCCGCCCUCACCUACUCCUACUUCGCCUCCUCCGCCGUCCCGCGCGGCGCCCCCCGCCUCCUCUCCCUCCUCCCCGCCGUCGUCCUCCUCUCCCUCCUCCCCCUCCGCCUCUCCUCCUUCCACCUCGGCGGCCCCACCGCCUUCUUCCUCGUCUGGCUCGCCAACUCCAAGCUCCUCCUCCUCUCCUUCCACCUCGGCCCCCUCGCCGACGCCCCCAACCUCCUCCACUUCCUCUCCCUCGCCUCCCUCCCCGUCAAAGUCAAACCCCCGCGCGAAGACGAGAGAGUCUCCCGAGAGUCCUCGAGAUCCGCUCUCGCUUCGGUCCGGCUCGCGAUCAAGGUUUUGGUUCUGGUCUCGGUUCUCCACGCCUACGAGUACCGGCCUCGGUUGCACGAGUACGCGAUCCUCGCGCUCUACUGCGUCCACAUGUACCUCGAACUGGAGCUCGUCCUCGCGAUCUGCGCGGUCCCGGCCAGCGCCGCCCUGGGGCUCGACCUCGAGCGGCAGUUCGACGAGCCCUACCUCGCGACCUCGCUGCAGGACUUCUGGGGCCGGCGGUGGAACCUCAUGGUCAGCAGCAUACUCCGCUCCACCGUGUACGACCCCGUGCGGCGCCGCCUCGCGCCACUCGUCGGGGCGCGGCGGGCCUCCCUCCCGGCUACCGUCGCGGCGUUCGCCGUCUCCGGGGCGAUGCACGAGGCGAUCUACUACUACCUCACGCGGGCGAGGCCCACGGGGGAGGUGACGUGGUUCUUCGUGCUGCACGGGAUCUGCGUGGCGGCGGAGGUGGCGGCGAAGAGGUGGGCGGGCGGGAGGUGGAGGAUGCACAGGGCGGCGUCGGGGGUGUUGACAUUGGCGUUCCUGGCGGCGACGGGGGUGCGGUGGUUUUUCCCGCAGUUGACCAGGAAUGGCGUGGACGAGAAAGUUAUAGGAGAAUGCUACGCUAUUUUUGACUUCGCGAAGGACAAAUUAACCCGGGUGGUUUUCCAUAUGAAAAGCGUGUCGGGCUGAGUUUUCCAAUUGUCGGAGGUUACAAUUUCUCCUUUUAAGUUAGUUUGGUUUUUAUUUGCCACAGGAUUGAUUUAUGUAUCAUUUUUUUUCUAAAGCAUGGCGAGAGAUAAAAGUGUCAAGAUA